UUCUGUAUGCAUUUUUAAUUAAGGUUAAACUUAUUUAUGCAACCAAUCUAAUUUAAUAUAAAUAGUUAUUAACAACCCAACCACAAUACUUUAAUCUAAAGGAAUCUAGUUUCUAAUAUGAAAUGAAAUUACUGCUUUAAAUUUAAUUCUUUUAAAAUUAAGUUAAGUUAAUUUUUAGUCAGAUAUGAGAAAAAUAGUAAAAGAUGUAUUUAUAUGAACUGAAAGUUAUUAACUUGGAAAAGAUUAGUUUUGUAAUAAAAAAAUUUGUUAAUUACUUUUACUCUUCAACGUCUUAAUUAAAUUCUUUCCCUUGUAUUAAAUUAACGCUUUGUUAAACCUAUAUAUACAAUUCUUUCAGAGCUAAAAAAAACCUGGGCUUGCAGUUGCUUUUUAUUGUUGGCUUUCAGAUGAAGCACUUUCUGUCCUUCAAAUGCUUGCUAAAUGAAGAGAGGAUUUGUAUACAAAAGCAACAGUCAGAUAUAUGAGUUGUCUGAUUUUCAACCGUUGGAUUUUGAUUUUAAAUUGGUAUUUUUACUAGAGUAUUUUUAAAGCUUGAGUGAAAGUUCAAAGCUGGUUGACUUUAUCGGGUAUCUACCAAGGUAAAGCGUUUAUCCUAGUAUGUGAAAGAAUCAAGGUAUGAGGACACUUUAUCAAUGCAAAAGAUAAAGAUGAUUCUGUUUUUAUUCAUGUUGGUGUACCCUGCUCAAGGAAAAAUUCCAAAUCCUUCAGUUAUAAUUAUAAAAGGCACCGCAACACUGAAUACAGGAUCAGAACUACAACUUAAAUGUAACAUUGAAGAAGAUGUUUCUAGUAUCACAUUUAAAUGGUUUAAAGACAACAAUCAAAUUUCUGAUGAAACUUCUCAAAUGUUAACUAUCAAUAGUAUUACAAAAAAACAAGCUGGUGUAUAUCAUUGUUCAGCAAAAAAUGGAACUGAUUCUGAAACAUUAUCAUCAACGAAGCUUACCAUAACUGUCAAUUACUUGGAAAAUGCAGUAUUGACUAUUUCACCAACAUCGUCAACUAUUAAUGAAGGUGACAGUGUCACUUUUACUUGUGGUGUGGAUACAAACUUAAACCCAGUUUCUUAUUCAUUCCAAAAAGAUGGUAAUGUUAUAACAACAGGUGGUAAUAAUGUCUUCAUUAUAUCAAAAGCGAAUAAAUCAGAUUCUGCUUUAUAUAAGUGCAAUGUAUCAGCAUCAACAACACCUCCUCUUUCAGUCACGAGUAAUUCUGUAUCAUUAACAGUGAAUGAAUUGUUUGAAGUUCCCACUUUACAAACAUCUUCAAAUUCUUUGAAUUCUGGCGAAUCACUUACAUUAACAUGCCGUGUUAAUACGUCAUCCUCACCUGCAGGUAUUGAAUACAAAUUUUGGAAAGGUACUGCAAACAUCACAUCAUUUCAAUCAUCCUUUACAUACACCAGAACUGUUCAGUCCGCAGACAGUGGUAAAUACACAUGUGAAGCGCGAUUGAAUAAUGUGGAAAAAAAUUCAUCAGAAGUUAAUAUUUUAGUUAAAUUAAGCGUUUCUGUCAUAAUUACACCAACAGUUGAAGGACAAAACAUGACUAUCAAAUGUAAUGUGAAGGAUGAAGCAGCUAUGUCAUUUACAUGGAAAAAAAAUGAUGUUACAAUGGAUGGGAAUACCAAAGAUACAAUUGUGGUACCGAAUGUGAAUCGUUCUUUGGUUGGGACUAAUUAUAGUUGUAUUGCUACAUCACAAAAUUCCAUACAAAGUAAUGAAGCUUCUGCGAUUGUGUCAUUGAGUGAUAUACACUAUGAAUCCUCUGCGGUUACCAUCAUGCCUACUGAUAUAAAUGAAGGUAGAGUUGGUGAAUUAGUAACAAUGACAUGUAACACAAGUGACUAUGGAAAUCCUCCAGCAGUUUUAGCGUGGUACAGAAGUGGCAAUAGCACUGCACUGUCUACUGGUAAUGCAGGUGAAGCUGUGUCAUAUACCAUCAAUCCUAUAACAAGAGACAGUACUGGUAAUUACACAUGUAACGCUAAAAACAAUGCUGGUGAAAAUAAGAAGAUGUUUCGUUUUGUAGCUAUUGAUAAACCAGAUUCUCCAACUUUGAAAGUUUCUUCAAAAACACCAACAUCGAUCACAGUUUCAAUAACACCACCAACAUACACAGGAAAUAAACCAAUCACAUAUUACAUGUUACAAUACCAAGGAGAUGGAAACAAUAUCUCCAAAAAUAUAACAGAUCUAACAAACCUGAUGUACAAUAUACCAGAGUUGAAACCAGAAGUAGAUUAUCAACUAAGAGUACAAGCUGUAAAUCUUAUUGGAGCAGGACAGUUUACUGAAUUUAUUAAUGUAAGAACAGGAGAUGCUGUUAAAGCCUCUGGACUUAUCAUCAAACCUACCGAUAAAAAUGAAGGUAAAGUUGGUGAAGCAUUUAAUAUGACAUGUUAUGCAAGUAAUUAUGGAAUUCCUACAGCAGUUUUAGCAUGGUACAGAAGUGGCAAUAGCACUGCACUGUCUACUGGCAAUGCAGGUGAAGCAGUGUCAUAUACAAUCAUUCCUGUAACAAGAGACAGUACUGGCGAUUACAUAUGUAAAGCAAAUAACACUGCUGGUGAAAUUGAGAAGAUGUUUCGUUUCACAGCCAUAGAUCAAGCAUCUGGAUUAUUUUUCACACCUUCUAAUAAACAUGAAGGUAAAGUAGGUGAAAAAAUUGUAUUGGAUUGCUACACAAGUUAUUAUGGAAUUCCUUCAGCAAUUCUAACAUGGCAUAGAAAUGACAUUGAACUUUCUGCUAGUAACCCAGGUGAAAAGGUAUCAUAUACUAUAGAUGUAACAAGAAACAGUUCUGGCAACUACACAUGUAGAGCCAAAAACAGAGCUGGUGAAAUUGAGAAGACAUUUCCUUUCACAGCCACAGAUAAACCAGAUGCUCCAACUUUAAAAUUCUCCUCAAAGACAACAACAUCGAUCACAGUUUCAAUAACACCACCAGCAUACACAGGAAAUAAACCGAUAACAUAUUAUACCUUACAAUACCAAGGAGACGGUAAAGAUAUAUCCAAAAAUAUAACAGAUUUAACAAACCUGAUGUACAAUAUAUCAGAGUUGAAACCAGCAGUAAAUUAUCAAGUAAGGGUACAAGCUGUGAAUGUUAUUGGAGCAGGAGAUUUUAGUGAAUUUAUAAGUAUAACGACAGGAGAUGCUCCUCCAACGAUUCCACGAAAACUUCAAGAAAACAUAUCUCUACCGCAAGAAAUUGCAUUAUCAUGGUUAAAACCUAAUCCUUCGAAUGGUUUCAUAAUAACUUACAAAUUGUGUUACAUACAAGAUACUAAUGAUGGAGUCAAAAUGGAAAACUCUUUUGAGAAUUGCACUGAUGUUGGCAAUGUUACCACAUUCACAUUAAAAGGGUUAGGUUUUUACAAUGGCUACAAUGUAUCAGUCAGUGCAAAAAACUCAGCUGGAUUCGGUCCAAAGGCUACUUUACAUCAAAUAUUAACGGAAGAAGGAGUUCCAACAAAGCCACUACAAUUUGGCCAUGACACCAUAUCUCGAGCACAAGAAAUUACAUUAUCAUGGAAAAAACCUAAUCCUUCGAAUGGUUUGAUAACAAAUUACAAAUUGUGUUACAUACAAGAUACUAAUGAUGGUCUUAAAGUUGUAAACUCUAUUGAGAAUUGCACUGAUGUUGGUACUGUCACAGUAUUCACAUUAAAAGGAUUAGGAUUAUACAACGGCUACAAUGUAUCAGUUCGUGCAAGAAACUCAGCUGCUUUUGGUCCAAAUGCUAGUCAACAUCAAAUAGUAACAUUGGAAGGAGUACCAAAUGAGGUGCGAAUUGUAUCUUCAACUAUAAAAAAAAAUUCUAUAAGCGUGACAUGGAAACGCCCAAAACAUAUUUAUGGGAUGCUGCAUGGUUAUACAGUUAAAUAUCGACUUUCGUCAGAAAAUACAGAAAAUGAUGUCAACGAGUGCAUGAAUGUAACAAAGUUAUCAUGUACAUUCAACAACUUGCAGCCAUUUCGUAAUUACACGGUGAUAAUAACAGUUUUCAACAGAUUGUUUUCGAGAAAGACAAGUAUUAUAAGGCAAACACUUGCUGACGCACCACCACCUCUUGAUAAAGAUUUGCCUGAUCCACCUGCUGAUAGAAUUGAGGAGACUAGCUUUGCGAUAAACAUUUUAAAAUUCAAGGAGACCAAUGGUAAAAUUGCUCAUUAUGACGUAAUUGCAGUGAAACGAACUAAUUCUUUAUAUUCUAAAAAUCCUCAAGAUAUAAAGAACAACGAAAUUAAAACUUUUGUUGUUGGACGUCUUUACAAGGUGGUGGACAACCAGUUGUUCACUGUUGGAGGAGGACAGACAACCAAAAGAAAAAGACGAGCACUUGGCAUUCCCAACAAUGGUGAAUUGGAAAAAGACACAACAUAUGUUGUUUUUGUUCGUGCGUAUGUUAAUGACAAUUUAUAUCAAUCGACAAAAUGGUAUACACCAGUUAAAACUGCUGAAAGUAAAACAGAUGUUGCAAUGAUUGUUGGUAUCAUCGUUGGUAUCCUUAUUGCAAUCUGUUUGAUUAUCAUCAUCAUAUUGUUUGUAAGAUCAAGAAGAUCAAGUAAUGGUGAUGUCGAGAUGAAAGAGAAAAAGAGAAAGAACGCACAAGACCAACUUUCGAACGAUCGAGAUCCAAGAAUUCCAGUAGCCAUCAGCCGUUUUGAAGCUCAUGUGAAUAUGCUAAAAGCAAACAGUAACUAUGAGUUUUCUCAAGAAUAUUCGAUGAUUAGUCGAGAACUUGUGCAUUCGUACAAUCAAUCUCGUAACGAGGAGAACAACAUCAAAAAUCGAUAUCACAAUGUUCCUUCGUACGAUGACACACGUGUUAUACUGUCAAUAGUGGAUGACGAUCCUCACAGUGACUUCAUUAAUGCCAACUUCAUCUCAGGCUUCGAACGAGAAAACGAAUACAUUGCUGCGCAAGGUCCUUUACCAGAAACGUUGUUUGAUUUCUGGAGGAUGGUUUGGGAAAAUGACGUAACAUCGAUACUCAUGCUGACUCAACUUGAAGAAAGGGGUCGCAUAAAAUGCGCACAAUAUUGGCCAGACAACAGUAGUUUAACUUUAAAGGACAUAGUUAUAACUGCAACAGAAGUGCUCGAUUUUCCUGACCACGUGGUGCGGACCUUUCACGUGACUCGAACGGGACAAGCCAUCGAACGAAUUGUCAAACAGUUUCAUUUUACUGCAUGGCCUGAUUUUGGAGUUCCUGAUGAUCCGUUAGCUUUGUUGUCUUUUCUACGGAAGGUCAAUAAUUGGAAGGGACUUUCACAAGGGCCAAUUAUUGUGCAUUGCUCAGCUGGUGUAGGUAGAACUGGAACUUACAUUACAAUCGACACUCAGAUCAAGAAUAUUAAAAAGUAUAAAGAAGUCUCUAUAUUUUCCAAUGUUAGCAACAUAAGGGAGCAACGAUGCUUGAUGGUUCAAACAGAAGAUCAGUACAUCUUUAUUCAUGUUGCUCUACUGGACUACUUAGAGUCUGGUGAUACGGAAAUCGAGGCAAACGCUUUGAGAGAACACGUCAAGAAGUUAUCCGAAGUUGACACACGGACGGGAAUGACUGCUCUGAUGGAUGAAUUUGUUAAGUUGGCUAAAACACACAAGAGAGAAAACUUUCAAGAAGCCAACAAAAGUUCUAAUCAAGCAAAAAAUCGCUUUAGGACGCUGUACCCAUUUGACGACACAAGAGUAAAAUUGACGCAACGACCAGGCGUCGACGGUAGCGACUACAUUAACGCGAACUAUGUUGACAGUUACGCGACUAAAAAUUAUUUUAUCGCUACUCAAACCCCUUUAGAGAAUACAGUUGGUGAUUUUUGGCGUAUGAUUUGGGAGCAAAAUUGUGCCACCAUCGUUAUGUUGACGAAUGAGGAAAAAGAUGAGAAGUUCAAAGUUCAUCCUUAUUGGCCUCCGGUAACUUCACUUAAAUCAGAUGCAUUCAUAGUCGAACUUGGAUCAGUAACCACGUAUGGCGAUCAUGUUGUUCGUGAAUUGAAACUAACUAAUACAGAUGCUAGUACAUCUAGAGAUGUGAAACAAUUUCACUACACAACUUGGCCCGAAACUGGUUCACCUUCAUCCGGCACUGGAAUGAUCGAGUUGAUUGGUCAAGUUCAGAAAUGGAAUAGCUCGAUUGACAACAAGAUAAUAACGGUACAUUGCAGCGCUGGAGUUGGUCGAACUGGGGUAUUUAUAGCUCUAACAAAUCUGAUUGAAAGGGUCAAAACAGAAGGCGUGAUUGAUUUAUAUCAAACUGUCAAAAAGAUGCGACAGCAGCGCCCUGGUAUGGUGCAAACACCGGAUCAAUACGAGUUUUGUUUCCGAGCACUUCAAGAAUACUUGGAUUCGUUUGAUUUGUAUUCGAAUUUUCGCUAAUCACACGCACACAAGAAUGGUUGCAUUAUGUAAUUUAUCAUCACAGUAGAAUCGUGUGUACAAUAAGGGGAAUGUAAAUAAGAUAUUUUUAGCGAAUUUCUGAAAUUUGCGUAGAAGAAAUUCCAUAUUUGUUCAUCAUUAGGACCAGCGAUUUUUGUAUUUUUUUGCAUUUACUGCUCGUAUUUUCAGAGAGAUAAAAAUAUUUGCUAUUAUUUGACCUCUUUAUUCUGUUAAGGUGAAAUAAAAUGUUUCGCUGGCUGACUUCGUUUUUUUAUUAGAUUCGGUUUAUUUCGCUCGCGCAAAUUGUAAACGAAACAUUCAUAACAGCUGCAUAAUUUUUGAAAUCGUCUAUUCAGUAUCUUUACGAGUUGCAAAAAUAGCUGGGACAUCCUUGCUUCGCUGGUCCUGGUUUGUAAAAGUAAAAUUUAGAUGCAAUUUUUAGUUAUUAUUUAGAAACAAUUUUAAGUUUGUUGUAAAUCUUUUUUAAACAUGUUUUUUGAUUCUACUUUCCUAAAAAUUGCACAACUGUUUUUGUUCAUAGUGGUUUCAUGUUUUUUUAAUUAGGCUGACUUCGUUGGUGAUAGAACUUAUUUUUGAAGCUCAACGAAAUUCUAAAUCAAUUUUUCAUCAAAUAGUGUUGUCCAAAUAAGUUAAAAGAUAUGUUAAAACGGAUGUUAUGUAAUUAUCGCUCCAACGAUUUGUUGCUUUUUUGUUUACCUAUAGACCUUUUAUUUCGUCAAUCAUUGCGAUUUCUUGGCACUUUGUUUUAGUUAAAGAAAUUCUAAAUUCAGCUGCUGAAACAGUUCAUCA